AUGCAGGCACAUAUGAGAACACAUACAGGAGAGAAGCCAUUUAGUUGCUCAGCCUGUGGCAAAAGCUUUUAUCAAAGAAGAGAUAUGCAGAGACACAUGAGAACACAUACAGGAAACAAGCCAUUCCCUUGCUCAUUCUGUGGCAAAACGUUUUCUCAAAGAGGAGAAAUGCAGAAACACACAAUAAGACAUACAGGAGAGAAACCGUUUAGUUGCUCAGUCUGUUGCAAAAAGUUUUAUCAAAGAAGAGAUAUGCAGAGACACAUGAGAACACAUACAGGAGAGAAGCCAUUCACUUGCUCAGUUUGUGGUAAAGGGUUUUCUCAAAGUGGAAAUAUGCAGGCACACUUGAGAACACAUACAGGAGAGAAGCCAUUUCGUUGCACCAUCUGUGGUAAUGGGUUUAGUAGAAGCGAAAAUUUGAAAAAACACAUGAGAAUACACACAGGAGAGAAGCCAUUCACUUGCUCAGUUUGUGGUAAAGGGUUUUCCCAAAAUGAAAAUAUGCAGGCACACAUGAGAACACAUACAGGAGAGAAACCCUUCAGUUGCUCAGUCUGUGGUAGUGCGUUUUAUCGAAGAGGAGAAAUGAAUAGACACAUAAAAACACAUACAGGAGAAAAACCCUUUAGUUGCUCAGUUUGUGGCAAAACGUUUUAUCAAAGUAGAGAUAUGCAGAGACACAUGAGAACACAUACAGGAGAGAAAUCGUAA